AUGGAGGCCCUGGCCAUGCCAACACAAGGUUGUCGGUUACGCAGAGAGGCAUUGUUGAGUGCCGCAUGCCUCCCUCUGCCCACAUUCGGUGAUGACCACUUGGAGACUUCUGUGCAUUAUUCCCCUUACCGGGUUAGACGACAGCUUGGGUUUGACCAAGGUGUGCCCUCUCGUCCCAACCAUGGAGAUUCCUUGAGCUUGCACAGGGUUUUCUGGACUGGUGACAGCGUGCCGGGAGACGGCAGGCCUCUUGCCCUUGCUCUGGCCAGCCGAAAGCGCGUUGGUGGUCUCUCAAAGGCCUACCAAAAUUAUUGGAACCGCUGCUUUGCCUCGCUCAGCCGAUUCCAUGCUGCCCACUCGCCGGGAAAAGUGUUGCACAUGGAAACGCGCGAGGAAAGCUGCAGCGCCGAGAAAAGGCAAGCUGUAAAAGAACCGAAAAGGUUCAUCCCCAAGGUAGCGGCAGGUGGUCCUCCCAGCUCAAGAAAGGUUGCCUUGCCCGAGUCCUUACAGCAGCAGCCUACAGCUUCCGGCAGCAGCGAGCGAGCAGCUCUAAAAGCUUCAUCUCCUCACAGUACUUCCCAAAGUAAAGGCAAGGGUAAGGGGUUUUCCGUGACCCCGAAACGUCGAAGCAUGCGUAUUCUUGAAACGCGGUUUGCUAAUACCCGAAAGAAUAAGGGUGAAGACUCGGGACCCAAAGUAGUGGUGACGGUUGAUGAUAACAGUGAUGAUGAUAGUGAUGACGAUGGCACUGCGGGAACUGAGGCUAACAUUCAUGAGCAAGAGAGCGCUCGCGAUACGAGUGGCAUGGAUGAGGACUUUGAUGAAGGCCAAUACGAUAGUCACGACGAAGACACCUAUCCGGCUUUCGGCACUAGCUUGGGGGAGUUCGAUGACUCAGACACUACUCCUGCUUUGACUGGCGAUCAUGGACAGCGUGUCGAUUUUGAACUGGUCGUGCCCGCCAUUGAAGGCACGAUAGGUGCUUCAUCGGAGGCUGAUUUUGCCCUUCCCACUACUGUCGCUGAAGUUGUCCUGAGCCUUCCGGCAGUGCAACCUCCUCCUUCUCCUAACCCAUGUACUCCUGACAUGGCUGCUGAUGCCUCUCCACUACUUCCAACAGUUCCUCCUCCUAUUUCUCCAAUUCCGAAUGCUCCUGACAUAGCUUCCGGCACCGCUCAACUCCUUCCAGCAGUACAUUCCCUUACUCUCCAAUCUCGAGCACACCAACAUAACUUCCGGCACCGCUCCACCUCUUCCAGCAGCGCAUCCCUGUGCUGA